AGGCGCAUGCGGGGUCUGCUGGGUGGAAGACAAGCAGAAGUCUUUGGGAUGCAUAGGGGCAGUAGGAUAGGUGUGGGACACGGGCUAGUAUCUGUGGGGUGUCAGGGUCCUUCUGUGAAUACAGAGUAUAGGUGAGGACCUCAGCGUUACGAGCCUCGGGGCAAGAGUCUGAGUGCUGGCCCGCAUCCUGGGCUCAUGGUUGCAGAACCGUCGGGAGGAUAAAUCCCCAGGCUGCCUAGUGGGACCUUUGAGCGCCAUUUCUCUCCUUGUCAUUCCUCUGGAACGGAGUUCUUUUGCUUUCAAAGUAUCUUCCUCAGGUCAGGAAUCACCACGUGCGCCUGCCCCAGCGACUUUAGAGCACGUGUUGCCUGCAAGGAAACCCCACUGCCCACGCCCUGGACGUGGCGCGCCUCCAAGGCUCAUUGUUUAGCUCAGAGGUUGUAGGCACCCUGACAACUGUUAACAACUUCCCUUUGGAACAGGUGGAAUCUGCAGCUUGUACAGGCUGCCUGUAGUAGCCAGUCUUUUCUGUACUUCCAGCAUCUCUGUGACAGGGAUACUAGACUUGGCUAAUAGCCUAGGAAUAAACCAUAUUGACGUGACUCCUCACCCGGUGGAGUGUCAUCUUGGCCCGCCAGUUCCCAUGAGGACCUGGGCAACAUGGUGCCCACUGGCCAGGUGGCAGAAAAGCAGGCAUACGAAGAGCCCAGGCAGGACCACGAACUGAAAUCCUGGCGAUGCCUGGUGUUCUAUCUCUGCUUCUUCGGCUUCAUGGCCCAGUUGCGUCCUGGGGAAAGCUUCAUCACACCCUUCCUCCUGGAACGUAAAUUCACCAAGGAGCAGGUGACUAACGAGAUCAUUCCGAUGCUGCCCUACUCCCACCUGGCUGUGCUGGUCCCGGUCUUCCUGCUCACCGACUACCUGCGAUACAAGCCAGUCUUGGUCCUGCAGUGCCUGAGCUUCGUGUGCGUGUGGCUGUUGCUGCUGCUGGGCACAUCUGUCGUGCACAUGCAACUCAUGGAAGUCUUCUACAGCGUCACCAUGGCGGCCCGCAUCGCCUACUCCUCCUACAUAUUCUCCCUGGUGCACCCCUCCCGCUACCAGCGCAUGGCCAGCUACUCACGGGCGGCAGUACUGCUGGGAGUCUUCAUCAGCUCUGUGUUGGGCCAGGCGCUGGUCACCGUAGGACAUAUAAGCACCUAUACACUCAACUGUGUCUCCCUGGGCUUCAUCCUCUUCAGCCUGGUCCUCUCCCUCUUUCUAAAGCGCCCUAAGCGGAGCCUCUUUUUCAACCGCAGUACGCUUGCGCGUGGAGCCUUGCCCUGUGAGCUGGAUCAGAUGCACCCGGGGCCUGACCGGCCAGAAACCAGGAAACUAGAUCGCAUGCUGGGCACUUGCAGGGACUCCUUCCUGGUGCGCAUGCUAAGUGAACUGGUGGAAAAUGCUCGGCAACCACAGCUGCGUCUCUGGUGCCUCUGGUGGGUCUUCAACUCUUCAGGCUACUACCUGAUCACCUACUAUGUGCAUGUCCUGUGGAGAAGCACUGACAGCAGCCUCAGCUACAAUGGCGCCGUAGAUGCCGCCUCCACACUGCUGAGCGCCAUCACGUCCUUCUCCGCCGGCUUCCUGAGCAUCCGCUGGACUCUGUGGUCCAAGCUGGUCAUCGCAGGUGUGAUCGCCAUCCAGGCCAGCCUGGUUUUCUGUAUGUUCCAGAUCCGGGACAUCUGGGUGUGCUACGUGACCUUUGUGCUUUUCCGUGGGGCCUACCAGUUCCUUGUGCCCAUUGCCACUUUUCAGAUUGCGUCUUCCCUGUCUAAAGAGCUCUGUGCAUUGGUCUUUGGGAUCAACACUUUCCUAGCUACUGCGCUUAAGACCUGUAUCACACUUGUGGUCUCUGACAAGCGGGGUCUGGGUCUCCAAGUCCGUGAUCAGUUCCGUAUCUACUUCAUAUACUUCCUGAUGCUGUCUAUCACCUGCUUUGCCUGGGCGGGGCUGGAUGGCUUAAGGUACUGCCAGCGUGGUCGCCACCAGCCCCUGGCCCAGGCCCAGGAGCUGAGGAGUCCCUUGGAGACUUCUGUGCAAGCGAUAAGCCUACAGGAUGGAGACCUAAGGGGACCGCAGCCCUCAGCGCCACAGCUGCUCUCAGAGGAUGGCAUGGAGGACGACAGGGGAGACUUAAGAGUCGAAGCCAAGGCUUGACCUUCCUAGCUUCAUCCCAGUUCAGCGGCGGGAUUCCUGACUCAGAGGCAGCCCCUCCUGUUUGCACUCCACCUGAACCAGCCUGGGCCUGAUGCUACACACAGUGCUCCCAGUCGAUGUUGCCUUGAGUCCAAGACAUACAGGGGGCCCCCGCUGUUGCCUUUUAGGAGCCUUUAGGUUAGGCCACAGAACCCUCCUUAAGGGGCCACCUGUUAGCUUAUCCUUCUGAGGACCCUAAACCCAGCCUACUUCAUGCUUUAGCAAUGGCUGUAGCCUGCUACCGACACUCAAGGGCAGCUCCCUGGCUUUGUGAACCACGUGCCAGGCCACUGCGAGUCUGGGUUGUCUAUUGCUUGCCAAGAAGAACCUGUGUCGGGCUCAACUAUGCCCACCAGGCCAUUCUGCCUUUUUUGCUCUGGGAAGCUCUGGGCAAAUCAUGUCUGCCCCUUAGGGCUAGUGAGGUAGCCCAGAUGCCAGCCAAGGUCCGCUGAGCCUGCAGGGUGCCAGUUGCCUGCCCUAGGCUCCUGGCUAUGCUGCCAUACAUCCUUCCACUAUCGGAGGUGCUUGUUUAAAUGGUUUUCUGAUUUCUUUUUUAACUUGACAUUAAAAUGGAGAACUACC